GUGACAUGCAUCCGAUGAGGGCGCUGUUCCUUAUUCCUAGAAAUCCAUCACCGAAACUCAAAAGCCCUAAGAAAUGGAGCAAGAAAUUCCAGAACUUUAUUGAGAAAUGCUUGAUAAAAAAUUACCAUGAUCGACCUAACACAACACAACUUCUGAAACAUCCAUUCAUCAAGGACAUGCCGAACGAACGCCAAACAAGGAUACAACUUAAGGAUCAUAUUGAUAGGACAAAAAAGAAACGAAUUGAGGAUUCUACAACAGAUCAUGAAGGUUAUUUAAGUCAGGAGAGUGAUGAAGAUGAAGCGAUACAAGAUGAAGGGGAACCAAGUUCUAU